AUGAUGAACUUUCUGCGGCGCAGGCUCUCGGACAGCAGCUUCAUCGCCAACCUGCCCAAUGGCUACAUGACCGAUCUGCAGCGGCCGGAGCCCCAGCAGCCGCCGCCGCCGCCUCCCUCUGCCUCCUCUGCGGCUCCUGCCGCCGCCUCCCCGGCCUCGGAGCGCAGGCAGCAGCCGCAGUCGGCACCACCCCAGCAGCAGCCGCAGCAGUCAGCGGGCAGCAGCUUCUUCAGCUCCCUCUCUAAUGCCGUGAAGCAGACGGCAGCCUCGGCCGGCUUGGUGGACGCGACAUCCGCCGCUUCCUCAGCUGCAGCCAAAAAGUUCAAGCUGCUGCUGGUCAUUGAUGAGCCGCAUACGGACUGGGUCAAGUGCUUUCGUGGGAAAAAGGUCCAUGGGGAAUAUGACAUCAAAGUUGAACAGGCACAAUUUUCAGAGAUCAACUUGAUAGCCCAUGCUGAUGGCAGUUAUGCUGUAGACAUCCAAGCAUUCCGUAAUGGCACCAAAAUUGUCAGGUCAUUCAGACCUGAUUUUGUUCUUGUUCGACAACAUUCGUUCAGUAUGGCUGAGAACGAAGACUUCCGUAACUUAAUCAUUGGAAUGCAUUAUGCUGGUAUUCCCAGUGUCAACUCCCUAGAGUCAAUCUAUAAUUUUUGCGACAAACCUUGGGUGUUUGCCCAGCUGGUAUCCAUCUCCAAAACUCUGGGUGUGGAGAAGUUCCCUCUAAUUGAACAAACAUUCUACCCAAAUCACAAGGAAAUGUUAACACUGCCAAUGUUUCCAGUUGUCGUGAAGAUUGGACAUGCUCAUUCAGGCAUGGGAAAGGUUAAGGUAGACAACCACUACGAUUUUCAGGACAUAGCCAGUGUGGUAGCACUUACCCAAACCUACGCCACCACUGAACCCUUCAUAGACUCCAAAUACGACAUCAGGAUCCAAAAGAUAGGCACUAACUACAAAGCAUACAUGAGGACUUCCAUAUCUGGAAACUGGAAGACAAACACUGGCUCUGCAAUGUUGGAGCAAAUCGCUAUGUCAGAUAGGUACAAGCUCUGGGUUGACACCUGUUCUGAAAUGUUUGGGGGUUUGGAUAUCUGUGCUGUCAAAGCUGUACAUGGCAAGGAUGGAAAGGAUUAUAUUUUUGAGGUUAUGGACUGUGCAAUGCCUUUGAUUGGUGAACAUCAGGUUGAAGACAGGCAAUUUAUAACUGAUCUUGUUGUAAGCAAAAUGAACCAAAUGUUGUCCAAAACACCUAUACCAUCUCCUCAGAGACCAACUGCCACUCAACAGCCUCAGAGUGGAUCACUUAAGGAACCAGAGCCAAACAAAAUCCCACCUCAGCGACCACCACCUCAAGGGGGCCCAGUACAACCCCAAGGAACGCAAUCACAAAGCCAGGAGCCAUUGCAACCGCAGCGCAUGUUCCCCCCGGGGCAGUCAGCAAAGCCCUCAACUUCCCAGCCACAGCGUCCACCUGGCCCUACAACUCAACAACCACAUGCCCAGGGUCAAGGUAUUUCCAGCGCCGGGUUAUCAAUGGAAGUGGAGCCAGAGCCACAACCUGCUCCACAGCAGAAACCUCAGUCUCAUCCACAGCUUAACAAAUCACAGUCUUUGACAAAUGCCUUCAGUUUCACAGAAUCAUCCUUCUUUCGAUCAUCCGUGAACGAGGAUGAAGCAAAAGCUGAAACCAUCCGAAACUUGAGGAAGUCCUUUGCCAGCCUUUUUUCUGAUUAG